GUCACUGUCCUGGCAGACGCCGAGCCGUGCGGACGCGCCAGCAGCGAUAGCAGCAGCAGCAGAACUUGCCUGAUACACAGUAAUAUGAUUUCACUGCUACUCCUGGUGCUGCCCUUGAUGGCGGAGAGUGCUUCCUCUGACAAUGUGGGCUGUGUACUGCAAGAUGCCUCCACGGAGUUAUUCUACAUCACUACCGAGGAGAAGCCGUGGUACCAGCAAUACCAGUACAAGGUACCCGGCCUGUUUGACCUGGGCUGUGUUACUUACGUCCAGUCGCCUGGGGAGACCAUGAUCGAGAUGAACCUUACUGGGAACUUCAGCAAGGUGCCUUUCUUUCCCCUUAACUGCGUUGCGUCAGCUACUGGACAAGGAAACAGGAUAGACAAGGUCUACGAAGGCGUAUGGAAAUCUCUACUGAGCGGACCGUAUAACAUAGUGUACUCACAUGAGGAUUUCAUCAUGGACCGCUACUGUUUUCUGGGAUAUGAAGUGGCUCAAAUCUUCACAACUGUCAAGGAUCCCAGCGACGAGUUGAUGGAGAUGAUAUGGGAAAUUGUCAGUAAUCACACUGAAGUGGACAGGUCUAAGUUUCAUAAAGUGGUCUGUUAAUGCUGUACUUAUGGUAAAAACUAUUAACGUAGUGCAUUUUGAUAUCGUUUUUAUAUCUCACCCUAAAGUUAAACUUCAUUUUCCAUAGAAACAGCUAAUUAAUGUUGUUAAUUAGGAGGUAUAUUUAUUUGCCAUUGAUAUAUAUAUAUAUAUAUAUAUAUAUAUAUAUAUAUAUAUAUAUAUAUAUAUAUAUAUAUAUUUCAGACUCGUAUGUAGUUUGAGAAAAAGAUUAAAACAAGUGGCAUCCAGCACACGGUCUGGAAAAUUUAUUUCUACGUACAGACAAAGAGAACGUACGUCAAAACGAACUACUUAGGAUACGGUGGUAUCUGCUGUAAAUGCAUAAUUUUUUAGUAUGUAAUGGUUUCUAUGUUACUAGCCUUGGUCAGUUUUAUCUAUGGUCCAAUCUAAGAAGUUAAUGUAUAACAAACCUGUUGACACAAGGAAAGGAUGUGUACCCGCUUUGGGGAACCUUUCGAAACUGUCUUCCAUGUUCUAGAAGCAUUUGGUCAAGUGUAACAGCUCUUUCAGAACAAACCCACUUCCUACUUCAGUGAACAUAUUUGGAACGAUGGCAGUUGUAACAAAGUUUCAGGAAUUAAAUAUAUGGAAAAAUGUA